AUGUCUCUACGCGGCCAGUGCACCAUUUGUUACUCAGCAUUCACUCCGACAACAGUCUCUGCUUUGCCAUGUGGACACACGUUUCACGAGCAGUGCAUCGGACAGUGGCUAGAUACACCUGAACAUGGAUGCCCGUAUUGUCGAAGCAAAUGUCACGCGAAAGAUGUUAUUCGUAUAUUUUUCGAGAAUGGCGACUUGAAUGAUACUUUAAACGUGACAACACAGGAGAGUGGUGAAGCUCUACUGGCCAAAAACAAAGCCUUACAAGCUCGUUUGAAUGAUGUUGCUGCUAAAGAAUCGAAAGCAAAGGAGGAUCUAUUUGUGCUAACGCAUCAUGCAAAUGAAUUGGAAGCUCUUAACCAGGACUUACAAGCUCGUUUGGAUGAUGUUGCUGCUAAAGAAUCGAAGGCAAAGAAGGAUCUAUCUAUGGAAAUUGAUCGCCGGGUUAAACUAGAAACUCUUAACGAGGACUUACAAGCUCGUUUGGAUGAUGUUACUGCUAAAGAAUCGAAGGCAACGAAGGAUCUCUCUAUGGAAAUUGAUCGCCGGGUUAAACUAGAAACUCUUAACAAAGCCUUACAAGCUCGUUUGGAUGAUGUUGCUGCUGAAGAAUGGAAGGCAAGGAAGGAUCUCUCUAUGGAAAUUGAUCGCCGGAAACGGCGAAGAUGGAUUUGCCUAAGCGAGACGAAGAAGGAAACGGCGCGGAUUGUUGCUCUUCGAUGGCUUGAUGAAGGGCCAUCAUUCGAAUCGUGGAUUGCGGAAAUGUCUACCGAGGAACUGCUCGAAUUGGAUGCGAUUCAGAAAAGGCAAGGCUGUAUACAACGUGCUUCAUUGCUUUUCAUUGCAAGCUUAGGUUCGCGGCCAAGUCGAUUUCACGCGAACAGACUUUGCAACAUUUGGAUCUUGAAAAGCUGUGGGCCAGUCACUGCUAUACACUGC